CCUCGGCUUCCUCUUACUGGCGUAAUUCCGCGUCUCUCCACCCGGCACUCCCAGGUUUCCUUGCGGCCGGGGGUCACGUUACGGGGGUGGAGCGGAAAGGCGUUGUGCUUAACUAGCGCCCCCAUCCACCAUGUUUUCUGACCGUUUCUAGUUUGAUUUGUCCCCAAAACCAAAUGGAAAUGGCCGGGAACUCCAAGGAUCAUAGGCGCCCUGGCUUCCGCUGAGGCUGGGCUAACGCGCUAGCGCGACGGGAAUAUCCUAGCAGGUCUUCGCGGAGAGAGACGAUGGCGUCUAGCAGUAACUGGCUGUCCGGAGUGAAUGUUGUGCUUGUGAUGGCAUACGGGAGCCUGGUUUUUGUAUUGCUGUUUAUUUUUGUGAAGAGACAAAUCAUGCGCUUUGCAAUGAAAUCUAGAAGGGGACCUCAUGUCCCUGUGGGACACAAUGCUCCCAAGGACUUAAAAGAGGAGAUCGAUAUUCGACUAUCCAGGGUUCAGGACAUCAAGUAUGAACCCCAGCUCCUUGCAGAUGAUGAUACAAGACUACUGCAGCUGGAAUCCCAGGGGAAUCAAACAGGUUGCUACAACUAUCUGUACAGGAUGAAAGCUCUAGAUGCCAUCCGUGCCUCUGAGAUUCCAUUUCAUGCUGAAGGCCGGCACCCCUGUUCUUUAAUGGGUAAGAAUUUCCGCUCCUACUUGCUCGAUCUGCGAAACACUAGCACUCCUUUCAAGGGUGUCCGCAAGGCUCUUAUUGAUACCCUCCUGGAUGGAUAUGAGACCGCCCGCUAUGGGACGGGGGUCUUUGGCCAGAGUGAAUAUUUGCGGUAUCAGGAGGCCUUGAGUGAGCUAGCCACUGUGGUCAAAGCACGAAUUGGUAGCUCUCAGAAACAACACCAGUCGGCAGCCAAAGACCUAACUCAGUCACCCGAAAUGUCGCCAACAACCAUCCAGGUCACAUACCUUCCCUCCAGUCAGAAGAGCAAACGUCCUAAGCACUUCCUGGAACUGAAGAGCUUUAAGGACAACUAUAACACGCUGGAGAGUACUCUAUGAUGGAGCUGCAGACGCCGCCUGUGCAGCCUUCACGCCGUCUGGCUCAGCAGGCCCAGACUUACUUUGCCAGCCAAAGCUUCUGUUGAGGCCAGAGUUCCUUCAGAACUGUGGCUGAAGGGUCAUUCCCCAGUCGUUUCUUAGGGGCAUUGUCAAAUACUGGCUAAGACCUCAUUAUCUCCCAAAAGCACUUUUUCUGGAUUUGAAUUCAGAUGUCAUUAAUGUUUCUGUCAAAGCUUCCUUGAAAAUUG